AUGGAAGAAAUAGAUCUAAACCUAUGCACCUUUCACGAUUCACCUCUAAAAUCUACAAAAACCUCAUCAAAAUGUGAAGCGUGUUAUGAAGAUCACCACGACAACAAGCAAGGCUACAAGUGUGAUUUCUGCGAAUUUUAUGUCCACGAGGAAUGCAUCAACACCAGCAUUCCAUCUCGUCAUAAACACCCUCUCAAGCUUAGAGGGAAACAAGGUGAUUUAUCGUGUUGUCUAUGUGAAACCGAAUUGUCAGUUACAAUGUUUUAUCAUUGCUCAAAAUGUUCUUUCCGUAUAUGUGUUCCUUGUGCGAGAAAACCUUUGAUGAUUCACCAAUAUAAGGCCCACAAGCAUGAACUCCACCAAAUACCAAUAAAUAUCUCCUUCACUUGUGAGGCGUGUGGGCUGCUCAGUACAGGUUACCCUUAUAUUUGUCAUCAGUGUUGUUUCAUCAUCCAUCGAGCAUGCAUCUUCUUACCACGUGUGAUAUACAUCAAUUACCACGACCACCGUAUCUCUUAUGUUUCUUCUCUUGGCCCGGGGAAGUGGACUUGUGGGGUAUGCGAUGAGAGUGUUAAUGGAGAGUACGGAGCAUUUUCUUGCUUGGUUUGCUCUUUUACUGUUCAUUCGAAUUGUGCAACAAAGUGGAACGUUUGGGAUGGGAGAGAACUCGAAGGGGUACUCGAAGAAGAAGAUGAAAAAGAAGAAAGCAAGCCAUUCCAAGUGAUAGAUCAAAACCUAAUCAAACAUUUUAGCCAUGAACACAAUUUGAAGAUGUCAGUACCUCGUGAGGAGGAAGAUAAACGUUGUUAUGCAUGCACCCUUCCCUUAUAUUCUGAAUUGUGCUACAAAUGUACACAAUGUGGUUUCAUUCUCCAUGAUGCAUGUGCUAAUCUCCCUCGUAAGAAAAGGUACUUUUUUUUCACGGAAAGACUUACAUUGUGCCACAAAGAUCACGGCCAUUACUUUAGAAACUUUUUCUUUUGUGAAGCUUGUAAACGUUAUUGCAACGGUUUCUCGUAUAGUACUGAUAGUGAGGACAGAUAUGCAAUUGAUGUGCGAUGUGCUUCAAUGUCUAUUCCAUUCAAACAUGAAAGCCAUCCACAUUGGUUGGUCUUAUGUUAUGCCGAAAGCCAAGAAGAAGUGAUGAGGUGUGAAGGUUGUGACUUGUAUAAUUGGUAUAUUCUACGUUGCAAGGGUAAUGUUGAUUGUGGCGGGAUAUAUUUAUGCUUCACAUGCGUUACACUACCCACAUUGGUUAGACACGGAUACGAUAACCAUCCUCUGUCCUUAUAUUACGGUGAUAAAAAUGUGAGUUCUACAUAUUGGUGCGGAAUAUGCGAAGAGGAAAUCAAUUCAAAGACUUGGUUUUACAAUUGCAAUGAUUGUGGUUCCACUCUUCAUACCAAAUGUGUAUUUAAAAAUCUAAUACGUUCAUCAAGACCUGGAUACAGUUCAAUAAUGGGAAACUUGAGGAAUGUAUAUUUCAUUCCGAAUAAUCGUCUCUCUCGACCGAUUUGCUUCUUAUGUAAGACCCGAUGUGUGGAUGAUUUGGUUCUAAAUAUGGAGGAAACAAAGUUAUUCCUAUGCUAUUCUUGUAGCUUUUCGUUGUAUCAAGGAACUUUAUCGCUAGAGUGAACUAAAAGUACAUGCAACAAGUGUAU